UAUUACAUAAUAUUUUCGCGCAACAGCCGGCGAAAAGCUCGUAAAAGCCCCAAAAGCAACGUCUGAUCGGCCUACGAAGCGGAUCGCGUCACACGGGAUCGAUUUCCGGCGAGUUUCUAGUUACGAGAAUGGCGUUGAGAUCGAUUUGCCGGCUGUCAAUUGAUUCGACCUUCAGGCAGUUGAGCCAUUUCGGAGCCACCGCCCGCCCGAGACGACCGUCCUUCAAUACGCUCGCACGAAGUUUCGCCGCAGUAGCUGAAAACAUGGGUUUGCCACGAGUUUUCUUCGACAUGACCGCGGACGACAAGCCCGUGGGUCGCAUCGUGAUGGAGCUGAGGAAGGACGUGGUUCCCAAGACGGCGGAGAAUUUCCGCGCCCUCUGCACCGGAGAGAGAGGCUUCGGCUACAAGGGAAGCAGCUUCCACAGGGUCAUACCGAAUUUCAUGUGCCAGGGUGGUGAUUUCACCAACCAUAACGGCACCGGCGGCAAAUCUAUCUACGGCACCAGAUUCGAAGACGAGAACUUCAAGCUGACUCAUACCGAGCCCGGUAUACUUUCCAUGGCGAAUGCUGGCCCCAACACUAACGGCAGUCAAUUCUUUAUCACCAGUGCCAAAACCAGUUGGCUCGACGGAAAGCACGUUGUGUUUGGCAAGGUCGUCGACGGGAUGGAUGUUGUUAGAAAGGUGCGUAUGUGUUCUGCUGCGGGAUGAUCAAUCUCAACGGCAUCUCUAAAACAUAGAUGGUAGG